UCUGAAGGUCAUUGACGAAAUCGAAGAGAGAACUUCCUUUUCUCUUCAAUCUGCAAGCCAUCGCAGUAGAGCUGCAUCAAGAAUAGGCAGAUGGGUCAGAUCCAGUACUCCGAGAAAUAUUUCGAUGAUGAUUACGAAUUCAGGCAUGUCGUUCUCCCUCCUGAAGUGGCCAAACUGCUUCCCAAAAAUCGUCUUCUCUCGGAAAAUGAGUGGCGAGCGAUCGGGGUUCAGCAGAGCCGUGGAUGGGUUCAUUACGCGAUCCACCGCCCUGAGCCUCACAUUAUGCUCUUCAGGAGGCCCAUCAACUAUCAGCAGCAGCAGGAGAACCAAGCUCAGUAACAGAAGAGCGCCAAGUGAACAGAAUUUUACUCUAAAUUCUCAAGAUGCAGUUCUUUCUUGAUUGCCUCUCAAUAUUUUCAUCUAGAAAAUGAAGAAUACAGGGUUAGGAUUUCUAACCCGUGACAAGUAUCGUUCUCAUGUUAUAGUUUUGGAUGGCAAUGUAAUUAAGACCCGUCGUUGGUUUC